AAUUAGUUAGAACACCAAGGGCCGAUAUGAAAAAUUGGAUUGACAUAUAGCUAAGAUAAGAGAACUUUCAGUUGUUUCUGUUACUUGAGGAACCCUUUCCUUAAUUUGGAGAUGGAGUUAGCAGUGCACGCUUUGUCAUUCACCUCCUUCUCCAAGAACAGGGAGUCCAAGCUUCAAGGUCGUACUAUACCAGAUCCCGCUACUUGUUCUUCAAUUGAUGUGAAAUUACAAGAACAAGGGAGAAAAACAUCCACAGUAUGCUAUUCUCUACCAGAGACAGCUGCCUCUGUGGCAAUUGCUGCUACAGCUGUGGGUGCUGCAAUUACCCUUCUAGUGAGAAGAAACAAACCAUCCGAGGCAGAUGAGAUUCCACUCAAAACAUGUGAAGAUUGUGGUGGUUCUGGUAUAUGUUCUGAAUGCAGUGGUGAAGGGUUUGUUCUUAAGAAACUGUCAGAAGAGAGUGCUGAGAGAGCAAGAUUGAGUGCAAAGAACAUGGCCACUCGAUAUACAGCAGGGUACAUUUUAAGUCUCUCUCUCAAUCUCUAUCUUUGGCAUACACAGGCACUUGCGCGCCCACACAUGCACACACACAGAAACAGCACAAUCUUCAUCGUAGGAUUGAUACAACGAGGUACACCUUUUCAGGCUUCCAAAGAAGUGGAGCUACUGUACGAAGUGCUCCUCUGCCCGAUCUUGUAGUGCUUGUGGUGGCAGUGGAAAGUUGAACUAUUAAUUUCAUGCUACAUCUCUUUGCUUCUAAUUAAUAUUGGUAAUCUAAGCUGCUUCAAUGCCUAAUUCUGAAAGAAUACAAGGAACUCACGGUCAAUGAAAUUGGAAGUGAGUUCAUUUUUUUCCCCUGUACAAUCCACCUUGCGAGUAAUGUGUGUAUCUUAGUGUCAAUUCCACCUUUCUCAUUGGGAUUUUGCACAAGUAUGAUCUGUUAUGUAUUGAACCAAUUGGUGAUCAAUAUUUUUUAUGUAGUAGUAUUUUUCCUUGCUAAUAUCACACAAGUUUGCUUCUGAACUA